AUGAGCGUAACAGUAGUUUCUUCGGGUGGAAAAUUUGAGAUGGGCUUCUUCAAACCAGGUAAUCUUUCUAAGUAUUAUAUUGGUAUAUGCACGAUAAAACCUGUGGUGGCUAUUCUUGGUGAUGAUGGGAACUUGAUUUUGAAUGGCGGGUCUCAUUUAUUGUGGCAAAGUUUCGAUCAUCCGAGCCACACAUUUUUGCCUGGGGCUAAACUUGGCUAUAAUAAAAGAACAAACACAAAACAAGCUCUUACUUCUUGGACCAACUCUGAAGAUCCUAGUCCAGGGCUCUUUUCCCUUGAGAUGGAGCCUAACGGUAGGAGCGUUGAUAGAUUGAAUAAAACUGUAGAAUAUUGGUCAACUGGACCUUGGAGCAGAAAAUCAAAUCCCACGCACAAUUUCACGUAUAUAAACAACACGGAUGAGGUCUAUUUUUCAUAUUAUUUUUUUAAUCCUUCAGUCGUGUCAAGAUUUAUAAUAGAUGUCACAGGGGAACUUAAGCAGCUGAUGUGGUUGAAUAGUACCAAGCAGUGGAAUACGUUUUUCGUUCAACCAACACAAUCAUGUGAUGUUUACGGUUAUUGUGGUGCAUAUGGUGUCUGUAGUAAAAUCUCAAGUACUCGCUUGUGUGAUUGUUUGCCUGGUUUUGCUCCUAGAUCAAACAAAGACUGGGAUUUGAAUAGUUUCUCUAGUGGUUGUGAGAGGAAAUCAAGUCUGAACUGUGGUAAUGCUAGUGCUAUUACUUUGGAGGAGGACAAGUUUCGAAUGCAUUCUCAUAUGAGAUUAUCAGUUGAUAAUCACAUUCGGACUAUUGGUAGUGCAAUAGAAUGUGAAUCCACUUGUCUCAAUAAUUGCUCUUGUACUGCUUACGCUUUUGAUAGCAAACAACUGUCUAACUUGGGAUGGAGACCUUUUCAACUUGCAACAACUCUCCGAAAAUGA